AUGGAUGUAGUUAAGAAACAAACUGCUUUGUUGGAAGGAAAUCUUGCAUCUCUGCAGGCAAACAGAAUGAUGCAGGUCAGUGUGAUUCUUUCUCUCACAUGGCAUUAUUUUCAUUUAUACUCUUGCUCAUGCUGCUUUUAUUCUGAGAUUCUGCUUCUAUGGAAAGGGAGGACAUCUCUUGAGAGGACUGCAAAGGCAGCGGAGCUCGAGCAAAAGAUGGCUCCGCUUGAGGUUGGAUGUGCAAAUUUGAAUCAAGAGCUGCAAGAUAUGGAAGCUCGUGUACGGCGAGGGCAAAAUAAGUUACCAGAAGAGGCAAAUCAAGCAAUUCAGGUAUCAAACUAUUUCGGUUCUACAAUUUUUGGACAGACUAUAAAGAGUUCAAAAAGGUGGUGCUGGAAAGCUGGAGAAAAUCGAUCAGUGCGUAAAGAAGAGAACAGAAUAGCCACCUAUCUAACUGAGCAAGGUAGAUUAGUUGAUCAUUUUCCUGAUGUUGUGUCUUAUUUCUUGGACCACUUUAGAAGUUUUAUGGGCAGCCCUAGCUUUGCCACUACGAAGAUCAACUUACAAUGUAUUGAGAUGAGCAAUAAACUCUCGGUUGAGCAGCAACUUGCUCUCUUGAAAUCGUUCUCUCCUAAGGAAAUUAGAACAACAUUUUUUAGCAUUCCCAACAAUAAGUCCCUGGGACCUGAUGGGUUUGGUUCUGAUUUCUUCUUAGCUUUAUGGCUUGACAUUGGAGGAGACAUUUGUAGAGCAUUUGGUAAUUUCUUUGAGACGGGGCAUUUUCCAGCCGAGCUUCAUAAUACAACCAUUUCCUUGGUCCCUAAAAUAGAUACCUCUGCAAGGGCAGUGGACUAUAGGCCCAUUGCUUGUUGUUCCACAAUCUACAAGUGUGUUUCUAAAUUACUGUGUUCCCAUCUGGCCAAGGCCCUUCCUGGUUUAGUUCAACAGAACCAAGGUGCCUUUGUUCAAGGGAUUCAAUCUUCUGUUAAGGUGCUAAAAGCAACUCUAAAUGGGUUUAGUUCUGCUACAGGGCUCAAAGUUAAUACAAGAAAAUCCCACAUUUAUUUUGGGGGAGUGGCUGCAGCAGAUAGAGAGACCAUUGCUCAUGAGAUUCAACUUACUGAAGGGUCUUUUCCUCUCAAAUACUUGGGAGUUCCUAUGCGGCCUACUAAGUGGAAACCUGAGGAUUGUGGCACUGUUAUCAAAAAGAUAAAAUUGAGGUUACAUAAUUGGGGUAGUAGGCAUCUUUCUUUUGCGGGCAUAAUUGAACUUAUUCAUUCAGUGUUUGGUCUUCGCAAUUACUGGAUGAGCAUAUUUGUUCUUCCCCAAAGUGUUGUUAAGGAAGUUGAGAAGCUUUGUCGUGGCUUUCUUUGGGGUCUCAAUGGCAAUAGAAGUAAGAUUCACAUAGCCUCUUUGGAAGAAAACUCCACCUUUUGGGAUCACAAACUGAAUUCAGAUUUGAGUUGGUAUUGGAGAAAACUUUGUCACUUGCGGGGAAAAUUUAGCCAAACUGAAGUGAGAGCGGCUGGUUUAACAGGGAAGUUUAGAGCUUCUAAACUCUAUAACAGCUCUGUUUGCCAACAUCAGGUUGACUAUCAUCAGGCUGAAGUGCAAAAAAUGAGAGUUCAAAUGGCUGCCAUGAAGAGGGAUGCUGAGCAUUAUUCACGUCAGGAAAUAUCUGGUCUUGUACAAUUCAUCUAG